AUGGGCAAAAAGCGAGUGGACCAAGGCGCAUCGUCGCGCAAGACUCGUAACCGCGGCCAUGGUGCUGAAUAUUGCAUAGUUCGUGGAGAGGAAGAAAGUGAAACCACCUACCGUCGCCGCGCCUUUCCUGUCACGUUGCGAAUGUGGGAUUUUCAGCAGUGCGACGCAAAGCGUUGUACAGGACGUAAGCUCUGCCGUUUGGGCUACAUCAAGAGUAUGAAGCCUGGUGCACAUUUCCGCGGACUCGUGCUUUCCCCGGCAGGCGAAAAUAUAGUAUCACCAGCAGAUAGAUCCAUUGUGGAAAGUUCAGGAAUUUCGGUAAUUGAUUGCAGCUGGGCAAAAGUACAAGAGCUGCCGUACAAGCAGCUGCGCUCAGGUGUACAUCGCCUCCUACCUUUUCUUGUAGCAGCAAACUCGGUAAACUAUGGUAGACCGCACAAGCUUUCGUGUGCUGAAGCAAUUGCGGCCACGCUCUACAUCGUUGGGUUUAAAGAGGAGGCCAUCCAGCUCAUGGACGAAUUCUCGUGGGGAGCCGAAUUUCUAAAAAUCAAUGCAGACUGCCUUGAUGCUUAUUCAUCUUGUGAAAAUAGUGCAGCGGUCAUAGAGGCUCAGGAAGCGUACUUGUCUGCUUGCGAAACCGAGCAUCAGGAGCGCUCACAACGAAUGAAUCUGCCUAGUCUUGAGAGUGACGAAGAUGACGACCAAGACGAAUAUGAAGAGGAACUUGAUAGUUUUGGAAACAGCAUACCGCGUGAGAUCUCCACAUCACGGAAAGCCGUGGAAACAGCAAUACAUGACGAAGUAGUAAGCGCUCCGACGAAGGCGCAACAAUUAUUUAAAAGCAAGACAUAUCGAUUUGAAACUGCUACGUCGGAUUCCGACGAAGAAUUUGCAAUUAUGACCAAAAACUUGCAUGCAGCUGCGAGUUCUAUCAGAAAAAAUCACGAGAUGCGUAAAAGUAUGAAAGACGCGCGUGAGCUUGAAGGUGAGAAAGCGUUUGCCUUCUCAUCGAUGGAGGAUUUUCACCAGCAGCAGGUGGCGACUGUGCAUCUAGAAAGAACGGCCGUCGCAGUGUCCGGGAACGCGGUCCUACAGCUGCCUGAAUCUGUUUUUCACCAAUGGGCAACAGAUCUGGAGAAACUACGGCCAGAUACUGGCGCGCACGUUUAA